GUGCUAAUAAUGGACUAAAUCAAAAUGAUUCUAUUAAAUUUCAGUGCUUCUUCUAAAUCAAAAUGGCUCGAUUUUUGCGUCCAGAAAGCCAAAGAAUAAUACUAUUUUUUUCCAUGCCGUAAAGGGGUACGAUGAGCAUGAACAGCCGUUUAACUUGCGGGAGGUUAUGGAUCUACUCUGAUGCAAUGCAUUUCAAACUCUCCAAGUUGUUCUGUCCUCGUGCACAUUCUCUGUUUUUCCUCCAAUCUCAAAAGGCAAUUUCAUUUGAACUGACAUUAUCAUUAACAUCAUUUGUGUUUCACAUCUUUCGGCUUCUUAGAGUGUUGGAUUUACAACAAUUCGAAAUCAAAUCUGAGUUUCCAGGUGAAAUAGAACUGCUUGUUCAGCUUGCCUUUCUUGCAAUUCGAGGUAAGUUCUACCACAUUCCAUCGUCGAUAGCGAAACUGUUUCAUUUGGAAACUCUUAUUGUGAGAUCACAUUGGCUUUCAUCGCCGGACACACUCUGGAAUCUGCGAAAGUUAAAGCAUCUCUACAUAAGGAGCGACUACUGGUGGUUAGGUGGUAUUUUGCCUAAAGAAAAUCUUGAAAAUUCGCCGAUUCUAUAUGAGUUGGACAGGCUUUCUGGAGUUCAGAUUUCUCACUGGAAUUGCAUGAAGAGACUAAUGAGAAAGUUUCCAAACAUUCGGAAGUUGAAGUGCUCAGUUUUUAAUGAAGAUAGUGAUCCCAGGAAAAUCGACACCAUCGCCAUUCCUGAAUUCUUGAACCAGCUGGAAUCACUUCACCUGUUACAUCAUAUUGGUUCAAAUUAUCCCAAGAUGUUCAAGUUGAGUUUGCCUGCAUUUCUGAAGAAACUGUCACUGAGGGGUUUUAAUCUGUCAUUGGAAAAUAUUUCAACCAUCGGUAAACUAUCAAACCUUGAGUUCCUCAAAUUGUUCAAGGUCAGCUUUGAGGAGGAUACAUGGGAAAUGAAAGAAGGGGUACUCUAAGCUUAGAAUCUUAAAUUUGGAGUUGACGAAUCUUGUCAGAUGGAGAGCUGGAGAUGAUCAAUUUGGUUGUCUUCAAAAGUUGUCGUUGGC